UGGCUCAGGAAGAAAGGCGGCUGCGUCUGGACAAGCAGGGGCGGUCCUGAGCCCUAAAAUGUGAUUCCUCACAUGAUCCCAUCGUGACACGCGUCUCGGGGGGGCUCCCGGCUCACCCGGCCCUGAGCUCCCGGCUCCCAGAGUGGGCACAGGACAGCACCGGCCCCCGUGUCUGUGUCCCCGCCAGAGAGGCCACGGAGACCAGCGCACUUGUCCUGGGGGGAGGGGCGGAUGGAGGAGGGCGAGAAGAGCCCCCUGCUGUCCCAGGAUGCUGGGGGCCAGGAGCCACCCCUCCCUGCCAGCUGCCUGGGCCCAGAGCUCCAGGAGGGACGGGCCUGGAGGGCAGGCCUGGGGGGAGGCCGGGCCCCCUCCCUGCCCUCCCUCCCGCUGAGAAGCAGCUGCCUGCAGUGCCUGAUCUUUCUGUCCAACUUCCUCUUCUCUCUGCUCGGCCUGCUGGCCCUGGCCAUCGGGCUCUGGGGCCUGGCCGUCAAGGGCUCUCUGGGGAGCAGCUGGGGGGGCCCCCUGCCUGCAGACCCCAUGCUGGGGCUGGUGCUGGGAGGGCUGGCGGUCAGCGCCGUGAGCCUGGCGGGCUGCCUGGGCACCCUCUGUGAGAACGCCUGCCUGCUGCGCUGCUUCUCCGGGGGCCUCCUGGCUUUCCUGGUGCUGGAGGCCCUGGCAGGGGCCCUGGUGGUGGCCCUCUGGGGCCCCCUGCAGGACGGCCUGGAGCGCGCCCUGCACGUGGCCAUCACCCACUACCAGGAUGACCCUGACCUGUGCUUCCUCAUGGAUCAAGUCCAGCUCGGGCUGCAGUGCUGUGGGGCGGCCUCCUACCAGGACUGGCAGCAGAACCUGUGAGUCCUGAUGCCCAGAAGGGGCACACCCACCCACAUGGACUCACUCCUACACACGCCCACGUGCACUCACUCCUACACACGCCCACGUGGACACACACCUACACACGCCCACGUGCACUCACUCCUACACACGCCCACGUGCACAGUCAGGUGGCCAUGCAGAAGCUCAGCCAGCACCUAGGAAGUCACUUUUGGGAGCUUUUUAAUAAGGAGGGCACAUGAACCAUCUCAGUGUCAAAUGAUAAUAGCUUUUAGGUUAAUUCAGGAUGUUUUCCUGCCACGGGUGUGCGUGUCUGUGUCUGUGUGCACAAUUGUGUGCCUGUGCACG